CGCGGAAGAGAAAAAGAGAGUUCACGGAAUGAUUAGAGAUGUGCAGGUCAUAGGUCAUAACACAGUUUAUACUGAGCAAGAAAAUACAGUUGUUGUUCCGAAUAUUACCUAUAACGCAGCAUCACUUUCGUGUCCCCCGAAAAGAGAUGAUAGCGCUAUUACUCGUCCGACUGGAUGGGUACUCCUUUACUGA